CCGAUACCCGCACCACUCGCCGAUAGAGCCACUACUACCUCUAGUACUGAACGCGACGACGUCAACCUCCGGCCAUCACCACGCCGCUCACCUGCCACGCGUCUCACGUUGAUCGGACUCCUGCGAGACCGCAUACCCGCGCCUCUCCGCCUCGAUCAGCGGCAGGAGCCAAGGCUCUUCCUUGUCUAAUGGGCCCACAAUGCCGCGACGACAGGCGCCCCUCGACGACUAUGCAUCCGCCGUGCCGCAGAUCAUCCUCUCCUCAUCCGAUGCCGAAUUUCUCGACCAUCUGAUGCCCGUGCUUAAGGAUGCAGCCAACUCCAAGCGAACUCCAGCGCUGAUGCAGUGCCUCACGCGCUACUCUGAAGACCGUGAGGCCGACAUUGAGCGCAUUGGCCUGACCAAGCACGAGGAGUUCCUCGACUCCGUCAGCCGACUUCAGCAUGUCCGUGAAGGGACAGUCAACUUGACGGCCGAGAUCCUCAAGCUCAACCAGUCCAUCCAAGCAAGCACGGAGAAGCUGGCCGAGCAGAAGGGCGCCCUCGUCAACACCAAGGCGAUUCGGCAGAACAUUGCCGAUGCCACCGACGCUCUCAAAGACUCGCUCCAAGUCUUGCACGCUGUCAAUCACGCACACGACCUCGUCCGCCGCAAGAAGUAUUACUCUGCGCUCAAGUCGCUUGAUGACCUGCAGAACGAGCACUUGGUUCCGAUCCUGCAGAAUCGCUACGCCACUCAGCAUCGACUGGCUGAUGUUAUUCAAAAGUCCAUCCCCGGCUCACAAAAGGCCAUUUCAGAAGCCGUCAUGACCGACUUGAACACAUGGCUCUUCCGCAUCCGCGAGACUUCCCAGUUCCUCGGCGAAGUGGCAUUCUACCACACUGAAUUGCGAAGGUCCCGGCAGAGGAAGAGAGUAGAAGACGACCAGUUCCUAUCCAACUUCAAGCUGAACUCCUCCAUUGAACUUGUUUGCGAUGAGAGCGAGGAGUUUGACGUAAUGGACAAUGAGGAGCUUCAAGUAGAUUUCACUCCACUUUUCGAAGCCCUACAUAUCCAUGAUGCCCUUGGCCAGACCGAUCGAUUCCGCUCCGAAUACGCCGCCACCAGGCGUCAGCAGAAAGACUUGCUGCUUCCCAACUCAGUUGAGCUCCUCGCCGACGACGAAUCAUCCCUGAGCAGCUUACUCGAAGGAAUCGCUGGCUUUGCAAUCAUCGAAAAGGCAACAAUGAGGCGGCUGCCUCAUCUCCGUUCACCGGCGGAUGUUGAGGAGCUUUGGGAAUCAAUGUGCAGCGCAGCCAUCAACCUGACGUCCAGAGCCCUAAGCGAUGUCGGCAAUGCCGAGAUCCUGCUUAAGAUCAAGGGUUUCAUAGCGCUGUUCAUACAGACCAUGGAGGGCUGGGGCUAUUCGAUCGCCACCCUUGACUCAUUUCUUCUGGCCCUGUUCGACAAGUACGCUGAGCUUCUGAAACGACGAUUUAGCGAGGACUUCCAAGAGAUUGUGUCCACCGACGAUUACAUGCCUAUGGCGAUCAACUCAGUCGAGGAAUACGAGAAGGUGAUCAACGUCAGCUGGUUCGCGCAAGACCAGCCAACUGAAGAGCUCACUUUUCCUUGCGUUUUGCCUUUCUCUCAGAUGUAUCCACUAUGUUGUAUCGACAUUCGCAACUUCCUCAAUCAGUUUUACUUCUUUUCCGACGAUCAUUUUCAGCACUCUGAUGUCAUUGACGAGACUUUGAGAAAGUCUUUAGAUGAGCUAUUGACGGAAAAAGUUUGCCAGUCACUGGUGGAACGCCUUAGCUCGCAAUAUCUUGGUCAAAUAGUACAGAUUCUCAUCAAUCUGGAACAUUUCGAAAUUGCAUGCCAGGAGCUAGAGCAGCUGUUGAUCAGAGCAAGGUCAUCGACAUCAGCUGGGGGACCGCUGAAAUUGAACGCCACCGAGGAAUUCCGCAAUAACAAGAAGACGGCAGAGAAGCGCAUAUUUGAGCUCGUCAACAGCAAAAUCGAUGACCUCGUCGAUACCGCCGAAUAUGACUGGCUGACGCCCACGGUACCCACGGAGCCAAGCAAUUAUAUGCAAACGCUGACUCGAUACCUGUCUAACAUCAUGAACUCAACACUGCUUGGGUUGCCCCGAGAAAUCAAGGAGCUUAUAUAUUUUGAUGCAUUGAGCCACGCAGCAAACAAGAUCCUGGUACAACGUCCAACACGAGAUGCACCUGCUUCGACCCUGUGCUAACCCAUGCAUCAACCCAGGCUCUCCCGCUUUCGCAGGAAGUUAAGCAUAUAAACGCCAAUGGGGUCUCCGCACUGGCCCAGGAUGUAGAAUACUUGACCGAGUUCGUCGCUAGCCUAGAGAACGGGCAGAUGCUGCGAGAGAAUUUGGACGAGCUGCAGCAAACGGUCAACUUGAUGCAGUCAGAUAAUCACGACGAAUUCUUCGAUAUCUCGAUUCGCAACAAAAAGUACGGACGCGUCGACGCCCUCAACGGGCCUCUCCUCCUUGAGAAACUCACACCCGUGACGCACGCCACUGCCAGAAACGCGCCGUUGUCGAACUUGUCAAGUCGCUUCGCCAUGAUGAAGUGACAUGCGCCGGCACAGAACAACAUCUCGACUCGCACGCAGCCGCUCCCCUCCCUUGGGACACGUAGCUCCCUGGCAAUGAUCUAAAGCGAUCGUUUGAAGACCAGGAUUGACCUAGAUUAUUGCGCACUGUGGUUCCUGAACGCCACCCUGCACAAGCGCAGUUCAUCGCGCAUCUGACAAAAUAUAUACACAAGACACGGUACAUCCUAUGGCUCAUUUCACUCAAAUUCCUCAGAAGACAUGGGCGCCUGGAUAGCGUCAGUGGUCCGCAAGGCCACGGCGAAGAGUAUUACGACGUACCUGCUGAGGUUGCAUCGCUGAGUAGGGAUACAUGCCCUCCAUUUCUCCAUACAUGGAUGGCGGUGCUUGGGCUUGACCGUACGGAGCGGCAGGGGCCUGAGGGACCUGGCCGGAAUACAUGCCGGGGUUCUGUCGGUAAUCCUGCUCUGUGGGCAUGUGGUGUCCUCCCAUAUAGUCCGCGGGGGCCAUCGGAUGCGAGGCAUGGUUUGCUGGCUGAGCCAUGCCAGCGUGUUGGCCAGGCAUCUGGCCUUGACCGGGAGGCGCGGGUACAGCUUGAGCGGCCGCCGCCGGUUGUGCCGUGGUUCUCUUAGCAUGCGAAGAUGCCUCUUCCCGAGGAACGAUAUCAAUCAGAAAGUCGAACAUGUCGGAUUUGGCAAGGGCCGAGGCGAUGUCAGACCGUUGCAACGUCCGCCGCUUGUUCUCUUCUGCAUGUAUCCAGGCGCGCAUCGUGAGCUCAGUGAUGAAUAUGUCACAGCCUUUGGCGAAAAGGAUGGGAGCUUCCGCCGAAAUCAUCUUGACUUCAGGAUCGGCUUUCAUAACCUUCUUGAUGCGAGCAAGAGGUAGUUGAUGAAGCUUGUAAUCAUGCGUCUCACUUUCCAGGUGGGUAAUGGUCUGUUGCCAAUAGGUAGUGAGUAUGUCCUUGUACUGUCCGGUAAGACCUUGAUGGACCUUUGGACCGGGUUUUCGGGUCAGCAUGCAUUUGCAAUGAACGGACAGGCUUUACAUACAUUAGCCCACGGGCCAGUGUAGAGCUCAGCCGGGGCGAAACCCUGAGAAGCUAGCUAGAGGGUGCGUUAGAACAGUAGAACAGGUGUUUGGAAGAGACGGGUAGGCACGCACAGCCGCACAAGCGCCUGGAAGUUGGGUCAGUGGACUGUAGACGGUAAGAAACAAACAGGUUGGGUAGACGACUG